AUGUUGUUAUGGUUGAAAAAAUCAACAGCAACUACAAUAAAAAAGCACGAAGAAAUAGAAAAAGAUUUCAAACCUUUCAUAUGGACAUUAUUUCACUGGAGAAAAACCGAUAACUUUAGUACCACUAAUUACGAUAAUUUGAGUUGCAUUAAUGAUAAAAUCAUCAACUCUACCAACUUUAGUGACUCGAUUAAAAAAAAGGAACAAAUAAAUCAUAAACCAUAUUUAUUGUCAAGAUUAUUUAGUCUUCUAGAAACGUUUCUAAUUCGAGAGGUCUGCUUAAUAUUCUUGGAAUCAUUCACCGUCUCAAUACCUGAUAGACCAUACAUUCUGAGAAUAAUGGACUAUAUAAUUGCAUCAUUUAAAUUGGCAUCGACAUCACCACCACCACAACUGCUCCUUAUGGAUCAAACAUUAGAUCACAUAUCGUUAUCAGCAUCUGCACCAUUUGUUACUUCAUCAACAAUACUAUUAUAUUGUUACUGCUAUAAGCCAUUAUUUAAUAAACCAUGGUUAUCAUCAAACCCAAAAGAUUUAUGGAGUAAAAGGUGGCAUCAGAUAUUUAAUGAAAGUUUUAAAGAAUUAGGCUAUUAUCCAAUCAAAAAUCUUUUAGUAUCACUAUUUCCAAAUUAUUGCAAAGAGAAGAAUAUGGUUGUUGGAAAUGUAUUAGGAUUAUUUGCAAGUUUUUUAUGUAGUGGGAUAUUUCAUGAAUAUAUAUUUUAUUCGUUAUUUGGUACUUCAAAAGGAAAAAAUUUAUUAUCAGAAAAAAUCUAUUAUCAUAAACUUCAUCACCAAUAA